GAACGCGCACCACGCUCACCUGCUAGAGAAAAGGAGUUUCCCCCUCACCCUCCUCUUUCGGCUGGCCUGGAGGAGUUCCUACUCUCUCCAGAGAACAUUCCCAUCCACGACAUCAGGGCUGCAUGGAAGUUGUGGCCACCUGAGCCGCGGCCGGAGAGGCUGCUCCAUGCCGACUUUGCCCCGCCCACCACCGACAUCGCCGUGGAGAGGGACCCAAUGCUCGGCCAGCUUCUCGGCUUUCAUGAGGUGGAGGUGUCGACGAAGGGGCUGACGGCCAAGAACUCCACAUCUCUCCAGCGAGCCCCCGGUCCCCUCUCCUCCUCCGUCAAGGGAGAGGCCACCCACUUCCCGUUCUGGCCCGGAGGACUGGACCAGCCUGAGCUGGUGAAGACAGUCGCUCAGAGACCUCCUGAACUGAGCCUCAAUCUCGGGAACGACUUGCUGGACGUGCCACCUGGUUUUGAGGAGGGGAUGAAGUUUACUUCGGCCGCCGGUGACAGUCAGUCUGAGCCCGUGUUGCUCCCGGCACCAGACACUGUGAGGAUAUCUGAUCUUCUGCUGGGAGGAGGGGACAUGGUGAUGGACUGGGAGGAGGAGGAGGAGGAGGAGGAGAAGGAAGAGAAGAAAGAGAGUGGUGUUGUCGAUGGAGCUCUGCAGUCUCAAACUGAAACUGAAGAAUCAGAGAAGAUUAUUGAUGAAGUGAUAGGAGAAAUUGGGGAGACUGUGGUGGCAGUAAAACAGGCAGAUGCUACUCCAACAUCUUGGGUUGUGAAGGUUGACUGUAAUGCUACUGUCAGUGACUUCAAUGAGAAAGUCCCCAACAUGGCUCACACGUGGCCGUUUCAGCCCGAUCAGUUCCAGAAGCAGGCCAUCCUGUUGCUGGAGCAACACGAGAGUGUGUUUGUGGCGGCACACACGUCCGCGGGGAAGACGGUCGUGGCAGAGUACGCCAAUCGCCUCUCUCUGAAACACCUCACCAGAACCAUCUACACGUCGCCCAUCAAGGCUCUGUCGAACCAAAAGUUCAGAGACUUUCGGCAGACGUUUGGUGACAAGAACAUCGGACUCCUGACUGGAGACGUUCAGAUCAAGAGCGAGGCUCCGUGCCUGAUUAUGACCACCGAAAUACUCAGGUCGAUGCUGUACAAUGGAUCUGAGGUGAUACGAGACGUGGAGUGGGUCGUUUUUGAUGAGGUCCACUACAUCAAUGACACUGAGAGGGGUGUGGUUUGGGAGGAGGUUCUGAUCAUGCUACCAGACCACAUCGGGAUCAUCAUGUUGUCUGCCACAGUCCCGAAUUCCAUCGAGUUUGCCAGCUGGGUCGGGAGGACGAAGAGGAAGAAGAUGUUUGUGAUCAGUACGCUGAAGAGACCGGUGCCACUCAGACACUAUCUGUACACUGGGAACAGCAAGCAGACCAGCGACCAGCUGUUCGAGAUUGUGGGAGACGGGAAGAAGCUGAACGUCGCUGGAUAUCGGGCGGCGCUACAGGCCAAGAAAGAGAGAACUUCGAAAGCAGCUGCCGGCUUUGGUGCAAAGGUCAAACAGUACACCAACCCCAAAGAGGACAAGAACGUGUGGCUGUCUCUGGUGCGCAUGCUGCAGAAGAAAGACAAACUCCCGAUGGUCGCCUUCACCUUCUCCCGGGCGCGGUGUGACAGUAACGCAGACUCCCUCACGACCCUUGACCUCACCACGGGCACCGAGAAGAGCGAGAUUCACGUCUUCUUCAAGAGAUCCACUGCACUACUGAAGGGCUCCGACCAGUGCCUGCCUCAGGUCGUAUGGAUGAGAGAUAUUCUAAAGAGAGGUAUUGGAGUUCACCACAGUGGCAUCCUCCCCAUCAUGAAAGAGGUGAUUGAGAUGCUGUUUCAAAAAGGACUUGUGAAGCUGUUGUUUGCCACGGAGACCUUUGCCAUGGGUGUCAACAUGCCUGCGAGGACGGUCGUUUUCGACGCCAUUCGCAAACACGACGGAGUUCGGCCUAGAGACCUUUAUCCAGGGGAGUAUAUUCAGAUGGCAGGGCGGGCCGGCAGGAGAGGGAAGGACACCACGGGAACGGUGAUACUCCUGUGCAAGGCUGACGUCCCGGAGUCCAGCGACCUCCAGAGAAUGAUCCUGGGUCAGGCCACCACUCUGCAGUCUCAGUUUCGCCUCACCUACAGCAUGCUCCUCAACCUCAUGCGUGUGGAGACACUCAGAGUGGAGGACAUGAUGAAGAGAAGCUAUGCGGAGGACGAGACGACCCGCCACGAGGUGGACAGAAAACAGACUCUCAAACAGCUCGAAGAGGACUUCAGGUCACUGCAGAGACUGGACUGCCCCGUCUGCGACCAAGACCUGGACCACUACUACACCGCAUGCUCCCGCAUCCAGCACCUCCGUACACAAAUGCAGGCGUACUUGUUGACUCACCCGAGUGCCCUGAAAGCCUUAUCUCCCGGCAGAGUAGUGACACUGUUCACCUCUACAUACGGCCACAGUCUGGCCGUAGUACUCUCCCAACAAACCGCCAAAUCCGCCAGGACCUUUACGGUGCUGAUGCUCUGCAACAGCGGAGACGAGUGGGCAGAGAGAGCUACAUCUAUCGUCGGUGACUCCGCCAAACGUGAUAUUCUGACUCCAUACAAGGCGUUGACCGGACUGUUUGCCCCAGAUGGGGAGGUAAAGCAUACAGUGGUAACCGUCGAAGGACUACUGAUCUACAAUAUCACUGAGGAAGUUGUGGACGUGGAGCGCAAGAAGAUAGUGGAUGACUACAACAACAGACAAAUCCCGCGAUUCAGGGGCAGUCUCCCGGGACAAGCCUGCAUGAAGGCGACGCAGGCUCUGUUGCGGCUGACGGAGGCCUUCCCGGCCGGCCUCCCCGCUCUGUGCCCCGUGAGACAGCUGCGAGUGAUGGACAUGGGGUUUGUUCAGUUGAGGGACGAGAGAGAGAGACUCGAGUCCACCAUGGACUGCUACACCUGCGUCCGCUGCCCUGACUUUGAGGCCCACUUUGGUAUGGCCAGAAAGAAGGCAGAACUCCACAAGAAACAGGGCAAUCUGAAGUUCAUGUUGUCAGAAGAGAGUCUUCAACUCCUGCCUGAAUACAACCAAAGAAUUGAGGUGUUGAGGACGCUGAUGUUCCUGAACAGACAGAAUGUGAUCCAACUGAAGGGCUGUGUGGCGUGCGAGAUUCACUCCCACGAAGUCCUGCUCACAGAGCUGCUCUUCACCAACAUAUUUGGUCACUUCGAACCGCCCGAGAUCGCCGCUCUUCUCUCUUGUGUCAUAUUCCAACAGAACAAAUGCAGCGAACCAAAUCUUACAGAGAAGCUUCAGAAGGGUCAGAAGAUGAUAGAAGAGACGGCGACCCGCAUCGCCCUGUGUGAGCGGGAGCACGGUAUCGACGUGUCAGUGGAGGACACUCUGAGAGAACUAAAGUUUGGGCUCGUGGAAGUGGUGUAUGAGUGGGCUUGUGGCAUGGUGAGCACGCACCGACCUCACCAGACGCAGGGAAAGUGAAAAUCGUCAGUGUGUACAGUGUUCAUGGGCGGCUUGCAUUGCCAGGGUCUGUCUGUUUCUUUUGCCCCAUUUAGGAGUUUCUGGAGAUUACAAAGCUAACAGAUGUCAGUGAAGGUAUAAUAGUCCGCUGUAUUCAGAGGUUGGAUGAGACAUGUAGGGACGUGAGAAAGGCGGCAAAGGUAAUAGGAGACACUGCACUUUAUCAAAAGAUGCAAACUUGUUCCACGCUUAUCAAAAGAGACAUCGUUUUUGCUGCAAGUUUGUACACAAUCUAAUUUUUAUAUGAUUCGUGAAACAAAGCCAAAUAUACUACAAGUCUUAUGCUAAUUCAGUUAAAGGGUCUCAUCUUGCGUGGAAGAGUCAUUUCUAUUUUUCGUUAGACUUUCAAAGUCUCGAUAGUUGGCCGGUGGCACAUUGCCAUUGCUACUCGUCGCAUCGUCUUCGAUGUAGUUUCCAGGAUUAACAAAUCUGUCGGGGAGUUCCUCUUCGUUACUCCUGACAGAUAGAUUAAAGCUUCUUAGGAGGUUAUUUAGUGUUAUGCUACUCGCAUAGUCACUAUUAUCAGUCGUUUUGAGGCGAUUUUGUAAACGAUUCAGCAGCUUUUUCGCCUUGUACCUGACAAAGGUGCUGUACACAAAGAAGGUGGCGACGAUGCAGUGCGGUAGCAGACCUACCACUGCUAGAAAGAAGGCGUAUCCGUCCACUUGUGGGAAGAUUAUCCAGAUGUAGACAAAGAGAGAGAUAUUACCGAGCAGCAAGAAAGUUAUGAAUUCGAUGUUGUUGGUGUUGCGCUCCUUGUACGGUUGGAACUUGAAUAUGAAGAUGGCUGUGCCUAUGAACACUAAACUGAAGAUGACAAACGUAAGGCCACUGUGCAUAAGCUCAGUGUCUUUUAGGUAUAGACUUAGCAAGCAAAUCCUUAGUAUGAGGUAGAGGGUGGAGACUACGCGAUAAUCCCGAGUUCCCUCAGAACCGUCUUUAAGGCAUCCCUGGUACGUGUCGACAAAGAUGUGCACCGCGUGCUUGGCACGACAGGUCAAAAGUCUAAGAAACUUCUGGAAGAGUCUAGUCGGGUAGAGAAGCAGUAGAAACACUGGGAGGAAUGAGAAAACGAUGAUGAUAGAGAUUGCUACAAUGGAAAUGAAGGAUUGCAACGGCGAGCCAAAGUUCUGGGCAGUUGGGUCUAUGUGCAGUCUUCUUGCGAUUCGUCUCUUGUUGAGGUCAUAUAUUGAGGUCUGGUAGAGCAGUCUGAAUGAUACUGUUAUGAUCUUGGAAUAGGAGAGGAGCAGAAACGUGGAGAAGGCAUUUACGAUCGAGUAGUGGAUGUCCCAGGAUCUUCUGAAGCGAGCAAAGAGCUCGUUGAACGGUCUCCACAGCCAAACAAAUAUACGAACGUUGCGACCGUGCAACUCAAUUAACACGAACGUGACGAAGACAAGUACCAUUGGGUAAAAGGCUGAUAGAUACUCCAGCAGUACCGCGUGGACGUUGGUCAAAUGUUGGUCGAUGCAAAACGGAGGGACCCAGACACGGAAGAACUCGAGGCUCCAUAUGCUGCAAAAGAACACGACCAACUGCCAGGCUACGCUGACUAGCUUUGGUGUCGAGAAGAGGAAUGUGGUGUAGAUGAAGACACGGAUCCUCGAGGUGUUCAGAAUGACGUGGGAGAAAAACACCAGCCCUGCCAGCGGUGGGGUG